AUGUCAAAUUCAAAACGGUCGUCCUCUGAAACGACACUUCAAGAGGAGACCUUGUCAAUAUCACCCAAUUCUGCCGGUAACAAGCAAGAGGUAAACGCAGCAGUUGAGCCUUGUCUGCCUCUCACCUGCAAUUUUGCAGAUCUGCCUUCGUGGCUACAGGAUAAUCGCGAUAUUUUGCGUGGCUAUCGCCGUCCAACUUUUUCGUAUAUCAAAUGCGCAAAAUCUUUACUUUACCUUCACAAUGAAACCGGUACCAUUGCUUUCAUAGUUAUCGCAUUCACCACCUAUUUCUCCACACUGUCAAAUACCUCGUCUGUCAAAUGGUGGGACUUUCUGGUGUUUUACUGUUUUCUAGCGGGCGCGAUGGCUUGUUUAUCGCUCUCUUCAUUAUUUCACACCUUUUGCUGUCAUUCGGAAAAGGUUUGCGCUGAUUGGAAUAGAUGCGAUUAUAUUGGUAUUGUUGCUUUAAUUGUGUCAAUCGUAGUAGCAAUCGCGCCUACUUUUCGUUCACCGGAAUUCCGAUGGUUUCGUACGGGAUUAUUCCUUUCAAUGGGGCUAAGUGCUAUAUUCCCCAUAGCCCAUGCUAUUGCACUUUAUGGGUUCCAUCUGAGUUUCGACGUCAUAUCACUCAAGUAUAUGCUUGUAAUGGGAUUGUUUUAUGUUGCUGGAGCAGUUAUCUAUGGCUUCCGAGUUCCUGAGCGAUGGUUUCCUGGAAAAUUCGAUAUAUGGGGAUCAUCUCACCAAAUAUUUCACGUGUUUGUUGUAUCAGCUGCGCUGGUUCACUAUCACGGUGUCAUGUCAGCAAUGUCAUACUGGCACGAACGGAAUCAUGAGUGUAAAGUGGAUAUUCAGUCGAUGCGGCCAAGUUAA